AUGAAUUCACGAUUCUGUUAUCGCAUAAUCGCAAUGUCUGCUCUCCAAACAGCUGUUUCGAAGACAGGGCGGUCAUAUUUGCCAUGUGGCUGUGUGCGUUGCCACCUAGUUGCGAAUUGUUGCUCACGAAUUUCUUAUCGUGCGGAAUAUAAACUUAGCAUUUUCCUUAUUUAAUCAAUUAUAAGUAUGGAGGAUGACGCGUGGCUGGACCUCGUGGGCAUCAGCGCUGAUCCGCCCAACAGACGCGACAAGUGCGAGAAGUGCAAACGACCCGUGGUAGUUUGCUGGUGCCCGGCUUUGCCGCAUCCACCUGAGGCGGUGGCCUCACAGAUUGUUAUACUGCAACACCCUGCAGAGGAGAAGAGAUCGCUGCGCACUGCACUGAUGCUACAAUUAGGUCUGGAACCGGGAAAAUGUGUCGUCUACAAAGGCAAGCGUUUUCCAAACCAUAGAAACCAUGCUGAUCUGCAAAAGAUUCUGGACUCCCCACAAACACUACUUCUGUAUCCCAGCCGGGACUCAGUCCCACUGGAGGAAGUGGACCACAGUGCUGGUCCUUAUACACUGGUGCUCAUCGAUGGAACCUGGCCUCAGGCUAAAGCCAUUUACGCUAGCAGUCCGGCUCUACACCGCCUGCGACAGGUGAAACUCAUCGCCGUGGGCAUAAGUGACUACAUCAUCCGUACACAGCCUACGGAAGGAUGCCUCAGCACACUAGAGACCGCUGCGCAGUGCCUGGCCGUGCUCGAAUCUCGGCCAGAGCUGAGGCAAACGCUCGUGCGACCGCUGCACACGCUCUGCAAGUACCAACUAGACAACGGAGCCGUGGAGCACCAGUCCAAGGAGUUCCUACUGAAGAGCAACCAGUACCCCAAGCCCAUUGGCAAGCGGCUCAGCCGUCUGCUUAGAAACACCGCCUGCGAUGGCAAUGAGGAAACGUGAUAGCCGGGGCAGUAAAGACCGAAUAAGUUGCAUGUGCCUGUGCUUUAUAGCCAACUUUGUGUUCCGGUCGUAGCCGUAUUUGAUUUAGUGACGCUAACAUUAUAAUUUUCUACUGAUAAGUCCAAGA